AUGGGAACUCCCAUGCACCCUAAUUCAAAAUUAGACAAGGGAAAAACAAAGAAAGAUGUAGAUAAGACUAGGUAUAGAGGAACGAUUGGCUCUCUUAUGUACUUAACUUCCUCUAGACCUGAUAUUGUGCAAAGUGUUGGAAUGUGUUCAAGAUUCCAAUCUAAACCAAAAGAGUCUCAUCUUUCUGCAGUUAAGAGGAUCAUUAAAUAUGUUCAUGGCACAUCUAAUUUUGGUCUUUGGUAUGCUAAAACUGAUGAUUUUUCUGCAGUUGGUUAUUGUAUUGCAGAUUUUGCCGGUGAUAGAGUUGAUAGAAGGAGAACAUCAGGCUUAUAUUCUUUCCUUGGAAAGUCCUUGAACUUUUGUUCAAGUAAGAAGCAGCCAACAGUGGCGUUAUCCACUAUAGAGGCUGAGUAUAUAGCUGCUUCUUCUUGCAGUUCUCAGCUUAUGUGGUAUGAGACAAUUUUGGGUAUAUGA